AUGAAGACGUCCAGCAUCGAAUCGUCAUCCGCUUUGCAGCCUGGCGGUGCUGGCGGUGCUGGCGGUGCUGGCGGUGCUGGCUUGGGCGUCGCUGGCGUCAGUAUCGACUUUGGCACUUUCAAUUCAUCCCUCAGCUCGCCUUCUACCACCGCAAGGACACCUAGAUGGGGCACCAUACGUCAACGCUUCAGCAGCAUUCAGUCACGCGACAACCCUUCCCUUGCCGAAGAUGGCAUCGACGAUGCCAUGUGGGACAAGAACGAUGCUGCUUUCCUCGAAGAAGUCGCCCGCGAUUCGCCUCUCCUCCUUCGCUCACCCCAUCGCUUCGAUUCUCCAGCCAUGACCCUAGACGACAACUUGGCCAGUCCAACAUCUCUCUCCUCAUCCCGUCCCAACAGCUCUCUCCUCUCCAAAAUCGAGGUCGCCUCUCCUUCAGCUUCCAAUACCUCGAUUUGCUCCACUCCCAUCGCCUCGCACGAACCACUACCAGCUGUACCAGCUGCUUCCUUUGGUUCCUUUGGUUCCUUUGGUUCCUUUGGUCCCGCUCGGCCUUGGCCUCGGUCCAUGCGCAAGACUCCUUCUGCUACCCUUUUACCUGAUCUUCCCGAACAGAGCCGCAUAGGUGAUGCUAUCACCUACCUACGCCCUUCCACCUCGUCUUCCUCAAAUGCAUCCAUGCCGCCGCCGCCACCACCACCACCUCUUCUCCCUUCCAUCGCAUCUCCAUCCUCUUUCAUGGCCUCUGGCUUCUCCAAUCACAACGCCAACCAGUCUGCCAGCAGCACUGGCAGCCCGCACUCGAGCCUUGGCUCCAGUCCCAUGCUCGCUCACAGCCUGCAUAUCCCGAGUGACUCGGUUCGUUCCGCCAACCUCCAGGACCAAUACCCCCGCUCACCUUCGCUUCACAGCUCUUCUUCCUUUACCAAUCCGAGCUAUGUACUUCGCCCGCUCGACGAUCGCACCGCAAAUGCCAACGCUCGCCAACGCACCAUCUCCUCCAACUCGGCUAUCAGCUCGGCCUGGACCACACCAUCCUUCUCAUCCAUCGACCAUCGCCCCAGCCGAGCUCAGAUCAGCAGUCCGCUUGUCCCCACCAUCGCAUCCCUCUCGUCACUACCUUCGAGUCCAGAGGUGAUCUUUGGUCACCAUUUUGAGCCUGCCUCCCCGAUUCUCACCCGUCUCGCAGCCGAGAAUAAUUUCGCCACGGCAAACAUCAACCAAGCGCGCCUUUCGAUUGCCAGUAAAUCCGGCUCUCCCGUGAUCCCUUGCUCACCUUGCUCACAAACUGCAUCCCUCGCGGCGUCAUCCACCAACACCUCUGACCCACCCGCGAACCAACCGAGCGCUCUUGUUCGAAAGCAUACCAAGAAUCGUAGCAGUCUGGUCUCGGGUCUUCGCAAGCUCAUGGGCAAACGCGAAAAAGAGGGCAAGCCCGCUUCCGCUAACCUUGCUGACGACGCUCCAACGCCGCUGUCAUUACCCUUGUCGUCCCAAGCAGCCGCGCCAACAGCGUCUUUGACCAGUCCCGAGACGCACCCAAACAACAACGCCGUGCCCAGCCGAGCAGAACUCGACCUGCUUGGUCUGGCGCCAGACGCGUUCGAGUCGGAUGCCACGUUGCAAGCCUUGCACGAUUCGUCCAACAGCCGCGUCGCUAACCUUGCUACAAGGCCGGAUGCUUCACCAAUCCCUUGCGGAAACUUUCUAGCCGCGCCAUUCGAUUCCGACCAGGGGCAGUCGAUCGCGCCUUGCUCGCCAGACUUGCGUGCAAUGAGCAUCGACGGUGGCAGGCGACCGUUGCGCAAAGUACUUUCAUCACGCUCACGCAAGGAGUCCAACUCCAGAGCUGCAGCUCGCGAUAGCGUCAUUCAACACAUCUCGCACGACCAAGCUCACAGAUUGACGCGAAGUGCUGGCCCUGUCUUUCUCCCAACCGAACAGGCUAUCAAGGAGCAUCGUGCGCUGUAUGCCAAGCCGCCUGCCACCACUAGUUUUCCUGACGCCGUCGAUCUUGACUUGCACCAUGCCAGACCUUCUGCAUCGGCCCUUGCCGAUCACAACGAAUUCACUCAAUAUCAGCCAGUGAUCGAGUGUGUCGAGAUGCUGGCCACGCUGAGCAACAGCAGCAACAUCAACGACAUUGCUUCCUCGGACUCAUCGUCGGUCUCUGUGCGCUCGACGGCGACGGAUACGACUUCGAUGCAACGCGCUCCUUUUUCGUAUCGGUCGCAGAUGUACAGGCCCCACUCUCGCGAAUCGCUCGAUUCCACUCGUUCGUCGAGCUUAGCUUCGUUUGCUCGUCCAUCGACGGCCGAUGCUACUACGCCAUUCAACCCUUCGCAUCGCACAGCUCUGUCUCUGGGCUCGCAAAACGCACUCACAAGUGUUCACAAUGCCCAGACAUUCAACACUUGUCCGAACGGCGCGCCAGGCAGCAUGCCCCCGCCCGUCGGCAAGCCGAACUGCAAGCGCGGACACACUAGUCGUCGCUCGCUCAGUAGCCUCGUCGGAAACAGACCGUGGUCAAGCUUUUUGAGCUCGCCUGUGCUUGGAAGCAGCGGCUCGCACUCGCACCAUUCUAAGCGUGUAUCUGGUGUGGUCAUUUCACGGCCCAUGUCGGUAACAUCGUCGACGUUUUCCAGCCAUCUGUCUAGUGGCGCUAGUGGAGACGACCAACACACUGCCGAUCUUACAUUGCGUGCUUCGGAUUUUGAGCGCGCAGCAGCAGCAGCAGCCGCAGCCACGCGAGCACGCGCAGAAGGAUCGCGUGUUAGGGUUGACUCGACUCGCUCAGCUUAUUCCAAUUCGUCGGAACCGGGUUUUACAGUCGGAGUGAUAAAGAAUUGCACUAAUCAGACAAGGCAAUCAAGCCACGAUGGUUCUUCUUGGCAGUUUUCUCGUCCCACCUCGAACCCACUGUUGUUUGCCCUUGCUCCACCUGCAGCCCCGUCCUCUGCUUCGUCGCAUCAUUCGUACCACUCGCAUAACUCGUUUCCCUCGCACCACUCUUCUCGUUCCUUCGCCACCUCGGGCGCAUCUAUCUCUCCUGCAUCCACCUCUACCUCCAUUUUCGCUAAUAACCUCGUCCACCCCAUUCCAUCGCCCUCCACGUCGAGUAGGCUCACACACACAUCGGGGAUUUCGUCCAGCUCGGCGCUUCGCCACGAAAGCUCGCACUUGCUUCGACGUCCUGCUACCGGUGACGGUCCCACUUCGCCUCCACUUGCAAGCAGCGGCAGUCUCCCAUCGGUUAGCCUCACUGCACCUUCGUUCGCUUUGCCACUGGUGCAGUCGUCGUCGCUCGAGAAUAUUCAAGACGUGCGCAUAGGCUCGAUUCCAACAGUGCUAGGCUCUUCGACGACCCCUCAUCCUGUUGGUGCAGGUUAUCGUCUUUCUGCCUCCGGCUCGUGCGUUGCGCACCGCAAGCGUCCUUCAUUUGGGCUUGCCAUCGAGCCUGCCGCUCACUCCGCCUUUGAUAGCAUCCCAAGUCCGUUACUGCACACUCGUCGCACCUCGUCAGUGCUCAACGAAAGCGUAGUACCUCAACGCCCUUUCUCUACGUCCUCGAUCUUGGCAGCUCGAACCACGCAGUCAGGAAAUUCGUCCAAUACGAGUUGCAACGCUUCGGCUCGUGCUUCAGCGGCUACGCUCUCGUCGACUCAACCCUUUGAACCUUUGAACGACCUAGAGAGCGAGACACUUGGUGAAGACACACCUAUCAAACCAACAUACGGCGUCAGCAACCCAGUCUCGACAGCGCUCCCAGCUCUGGAAUCUGCCAUGGCUGCAGCUUCGCUUGAGCAGCCUGUCUCGAAUCGGCGUCGCUCAGUCUCGGUGCCGACGGACGAAGAUGACUCGCCCCCACAAUACAUGGACCAGACCUGGGGCCGCGCCACGGAAAGCUCCAUGCUCAGCUACGGUGAAAGCGCGAGCAACUCGGCCGUGGAACAACAUCACAUGUCUCGUCAAUACCUGAUUCACUCGCCCAACGAGGAGGAGGGCGCGGCGCUUACCAUCAGCACAGCCUCUUCGGCGUCGUCGGGUCGUCUCAGCCAAGCUUCGAAAGACAUUGGCUUUGGUUCCAUCGCCGGGAUGGUGAGCAAGGUCUUUGAGCAUCCGUUCGACUUGGUCAAGGUGCGUCUGCAGACGCAAUCCUCGGAUCAGCCGGCGCGCUACGCUGGUGCUUUGGAUUGUUUCAAGCAAACCUACGUGCAAGAAGGCCUUCGCGGACUGUACCGCGGUCUCAGCAUGCCCGUGUUUGGCGCGACGCUCGAGAAUGCUUGUCUGUUUUUCACGUACAACCAGAUCCAGUCGGCUAUCCGAUGGUUCAACGGUGAAGCGACCGGGGUAUCUGCUGCGAAAGCGGAUGCAGAGUCGCCGCUCUCGAUUCCACAGCUGGCGAUUGCAGCGGCGGGCGCUGGUGCGGUGACCAGUGUCGUGCUCACGCCGAUCGAGCUGAUCAAGUGCAAGAUGCAGGUGCAGAUGAUUACGCGUGAACAGCAUGCGCCGCAAGUGUCUGUUGGAGCAGCUGCAGCAAGGGUGGCUCAGACUCCGCUCGAGCAAACACGAUCGCUGUACACGAGUGGCAUGCGCGCCGCUGCAUCGACGCGCUCGUCGGCACAAGCGAUCAAGACGCUCGACGGUCCGCUUGCACUGCUACGCCGAACCAUCGCAGCAGACGGCAUCCGUGGUCUGUGGCUUGGCCAAACCGGGACGCUUCUGCGCGAGACCGGAGGUGGCGUCGCAUGGUUCCUUGCGUUCGAAAGCUGCUCUCGCUACCUGAUCGCGCGCAAGAAGGCACUGUACAAUCGUGACGACGUGACCAAAAAGGAUCUGGGCACGCUCGAACUCGUAGGCUCAGGCGCGUUGGCAGGUAUCAGCUACAAUGUCGUCCUCUUCCCCGCCGAUUCGGUCAAAUCUACCAUGCAGACCGAACAGGAAAUGCGCGCUGUGUCGAACACAGCAGCCACAGAGUGGAAGCGGACCGGCUUUUACGAGACGUUCAAAAAAAUCUAUCGAACCAGAGGCGUACGCGGAUUGUAUGCCGGUUGCGGCGUCACUUGCUUGCGAAGUGCUCCGUCGAGCGCUAUCAUCUUUUUGAUGUACAACAAGUUGGAGAAGCUCAGUGACGAAUAUGGACUAUAG